GCACGACGCCAUGUUUUUGCAGCCAACAUCUCAGUGUAAAAUUCAUGAUAGUAUGUGUUUUGUUUACAAGCAUCACAUUUGAUUCUCAUUAGGAUACAGAACUGUCAGUGGGAUACGGUCGCGUAAUGUUGGCUGCAAAACAAACCUAUUGUGUGAGAUAGGGAUGCCACCGGGCUGCACCCACCUGCUCAAACCCGAACACGUUGGCAGCCGGCGGAAUCUGAUGUGUGACGAAGAAGAGCAAAACAGACGACCCGAUAUUCGUGGGGAACUCACCUAAGGAACUCACGCGGCCCUCAACAGCAUCGACGACGACCGUGACCAAAAGGACCAAAAUAGAACCACAGUCGUCGUGUAACAGUUUGCUCACAGCUCGCCCAGCCUGCCUCCAACAUGGCACCACCGGGCGCCAGUAAAAACAAAACUUCCGCCGCCAAACGAGGCAGCACAUCCGCUCAUCAUGGAAAACCAGCGAAAUCUUCGGUACUGUCCCAGCUGCAGAAGCAGUAUCUGAAUGUGGCCUUUGUAAAAUCGCUGAUCUUCGACCCUGCCCGGCUGCCGCUGGUGUCGUGGGUCAUUCUGGCAGCUGAGCUGGUCCUAAACCUUUUCGUUGUACAAAACGUUCGCUAUACGGAAAUUGAUUGGAAAGCUUAUAUGCAGGAAUGCGAAGGUUUCCUGAAUGGGACCACCGACUAUUCCAUGCUGCGAGGGGAUACCGGUCCAUUGGUUUAUCCGGCCGGAUUCGUUUACAUCUACAGCGCUCUGUACUUCAUAACGUCUCACGGCCAGAACAUUCGUCUGGCUCAGUACAUCUUCGUUGGCAUUUAUCUUCUGCAGCUGGGAUUGGUUCUUCGAUUGUACAGCAAAAGCCGAAAGUUGCCUCCGUAUGUCCUGAUCAUAACCACGUUUACCUCAUAUCGGAUUCAUUCGAUUUACGUGCUCAGACUGUUCAAUGAUCCGAUUGCGAUUCUGUUCCUAUACUUUGCGCUGAACGCCUACAUUGACAACCGGUGGACUUUGGGCAGUGUCUUCCUUAGCUUGGGCGUUUCCGUGAAAAUGAACGUCCUGCUGUUCGCACCGGCAAUCUUCCUACUCUUCGUUACCAAUCUGGGAGUCGUCAAAACUAUUAUACAGUUAGCCAUUUGCGGUGCAAUCCAACUGGUUCUGGGUGCUCCGUUUCUGCUGACGCAUCCCUGGCAGUAUUUGAAGGGAAGCUUUGACCUUGGCCGCAUCUUUGAGCAUAAAUGGACCGUCAAUUAUCGCUUCUUGGAAAGGGACAUCUUCGAGAACAAAACAUUUCACCUGGCACUACUUGGCAUCCACCUACUGCUGUUGGUUGCCUUUGCGUCCCCGUGCUACAAAUACUUCCAAAAUUAUUGCCGUCUAAGGCACUUGGAAGUCAUGUUUGCACCUCAAAUUGCCGCCAAGAACCGCGAAGUGGCCUUGGAGAAGAAGAAAAAGAAGGAAACACAAAAACCAGCGCCAAAGAAGGCUGAUGAAAAGCUCACCAAAGAACAGGAACAGUUUCUGAAAAGCUUUGAAAAGGGCAUCAAGAAGAUGUCCGGCAAGGAAGCUGCCCCGGCACCGGUCGCCCCAGAACCUCCAACGGAAGAGCGCCAGCAAAGCAAAUUCUCCAUCCACUUUGAUCGUGCCACUCAGCUGGCACUGCUUCCGCUCUUCCUCGCCAACUUUAUCGGCAUUGUGUGCGCUCGCAGCCUUCAUUACCAGUUCUACGUCUGGUACUUCCACAGCCUGCCCUACCUAGCGUGGUUCACCGAAUAUACCACCAGUCUAAAAUUCCUGCUCCUGUUGGUGCUGGAGUUCAGCUGGAAUACCUACCCGAGCACCGCGGUAAGUAGUCUUCUGUUGCACACUUGCCACAUCAUUCUGCUGGUUGGGAUCGGGAAAAAAAUGUUCCGCAAAAUUCCGGAACUGUCUCAAAUUGCAAAAACCACCGACUGAGAUUGGGCUCGGGUUUGAAAAUGGGUGCCAAAACGAAGCAACUAAAGACGAUGAUCGCAUAUUUGUAUCAUUUGCGUUUUGGUUGAUUUUGAGCUAAGUCUGCGAUUCGUAGAUUAGUAAAUUAGGAUUCAAUAGUUUACUUUACUACGUUAGUAAAAAGUAAUUAAUUUCUGAAGACGGUUCACACUUUGCAGACUUAAUUCUAAUCCAUCAGAAAGGCAAACAUUACAAAAAUGUGUGUUCAUAGACAGUACCGGUGUGACAACAAAAUAGAUGCAUUUUACCCGUAAUGAUGUGCCUUUUAUUGUGUUAGACUAGACUUUUUAUUGACCCGUAUUUCUGUGUUUGAUGUGUUGAGUGUAACAAAAUAGAGCUUUAAUUUAUUUGAUGUGAGA